AUGUCUUUCAACUUCCAUUUAGGACGUGUUCCUACUCUAUUCCUUCUAUUUUAUUACUUACAUUUUUUCUUCAUAAGACAUUUCUCCAUCUUCUUUCUUUCAUACUACUCCAAUUAAAACUAUACUGUUUUCCUCCUCACACAAAGAAUUCAAUUUUCUGUAAGUUCAGAUCAAUCAUGGGUGGUGACGAAACUAAAAAGACCACUAUAAUGGUGCUCAAGGUUGAUCUUCAGUGCUCCAGCUGCUAUAAGAAGGUCAAAAAAGUUCUCUGUAAAUUCCCUCAAAUUAGAGACCAGGUAUAUGAUGAGAAGGCUAAUACAAUCACAAUCACUGUGGUAUGCUGUGAUCCUGAGAAAAUUCGUGACAAAUUGUGUAAUAAAGGAUGUGGAGUAAUUAAGAGCAUUGAAAUCAAAGAACCUCCAAAGCCCAAAGCUCCUGAAAAGCCCAAGGAGCCUGUGAAACCAAAAGAACCCGAGAAGCCCAAACAACCGGAGAAGCCCAAAGAGCCCGAAAAGCCUAAACAACCUGAGAAGACUACGGUUGUCGUCAUUGAAAAGCCCAAGGAGCCCGAGAAGCCUAAGGCACCGGAAAAGUCAAAAGAGCCCGAGAAGCCCAAAGAACCAGAAAAGCCGAAAGAAGUUGAAAAGCCCAAGCCCAAAGAGCCCGAAAAGCCCAAAGAAGCUCCUAAACCUAAUCCAGUGGCUCCACCAUCACAACCACCACCACCGCCAGCACCAGAGCCAAUAAUGGUUCAACAAUACCCUCAGCCACCACUAGGAUAUUGUUGUGGACAAUGCUACGAGGGUCAUAUCGGGGGCCCAUGUUAUCAAUGGUACGGAAGACCUGUCCUUCCGGCCCCAUGUUACGAUAACUAUGGGUAUAACUAUGGGCCUGGGCCUGGGCCUGGGCCGUAUGGCUACGGAAGGGGUUGUUAUGUGAGUAGAUGUGACCAAUACUUUAGUGAAGAAAAUGCCACAGGAUGCUCAAUUAUGUAAGUGUGGCCCAAUGGCUGCUUGAUCGUUGCGGGUCAUUCGUUAUAUGGGCUCCUCAAUGUACCUUUUGAUUGGGCUCCUCAAUGGACCUUUUGAUUGGGCUCCUCUUAAUGUGGAUGUCAUUUUCUUUACAGAUUGUUAUAGGUGAAAAAUAAUGUAUGGUUCUUUUUUCCUUUUCUUUUUCUUUUGUGAAAUAGAAUAAAAGUUGUUGACCAGAUUGCUGGUAAAGCUUUGGUCGAUAAAUGCUAUUCUUAAACAUUACUAGUGGUUUAAUGUAUCUAUUAUCUAUUCCUUUGUUUCCACUUCA